AUGUCUUUAAAGGUGACUCUGCUGGACCCCGUACGGUUUCCUGGCGCUAUCAAGGUGUUUGCGCGCGAGAUCUGCCGCAACGACCUGCUGUCAUUCGGCCGGCUUCACUUCUUCUUCCCUGACAGCCGCCUGGGCCUGGACCUGAAUACAGACAAGACUCUCAAGGAGGCGCGCUUUGACAGGCACUUUGUGCGCGACCUGACGUGGAGCCGCCACCAGCUGGAGGAGCUGGCUGAGAGGAGGUUCAGGGCCGCACAGGACUCCCUGAAGGCUGAGGCGCUGGCCCAGGGGCGCCCCUUCCCCGGGGGGACCAAUGGGGACGCGGGGGCCGUGGCGGGUAGCACCAGCUUUGCCGACCUCUUCAAAAAGGUGCGCGGUGAGGACUUCUCCUCCUACCUGGCGAAGCUGUCAACGCCGCGCGAGCUGCUCAUCAUGAUGACGGAGAUGUUUGCGCGCAUAGAGGCACACCCGGACGGCGGCCUCACGGCGCAGGACAUGGAGCUGGCAGUCAUGCGGGCGCUCGAACAGAGCGUGUGA